AUGCCGGCACAAAAAGCCCCUGAACGACGCCAAACGUUCCCCGCGUCGUGGUAUACAGAGCCGGCCUUUUACGAAUUCGAACGCCGCGCCAUCUUCUCGCAGUCAUGGCUCUUGAUCUCACAUAAGCUCCGCUUUGGCGCGGCGGGCACCUACGUCCGCUACGAGGUGGCCGGCAUUCCCUUCAUGCUCAUCAAAGACCGGCAGGGCGAGAUCCGCGCGUUCCUGAAUAUCUGUCGACACCGGGCGUUUCCCCUGGUGCACCAGGACGAAGGCAAAGUCAGUAUUCUGGCGUGUAAAUACCACGGAUGGUCCUACGGCCUGAAUGGAAACCUGGCCAAAGCACCCCGAUUCGACUCGGUCGAGGAUUUCGACAAGAAGGAGUACUCGCUGUUCCAGGUCCAUGUCCACGUCGACGUCCGGGGCUUCAUCUGGGUGAACCUCGACGCGGCCGAGACCCCGACCGUGUCGUGGGAGGAGCAGUUUGGCGGCGUCGACACGCAGCCGCGCCUGUCCAAUUUCGACAUGGACGACUACGAGUAUAACCACACGUGGGGCAUGGAGGGCAAGUUCAACUGGAAGACGCUGAUUGAGAACUAUAACGAGUGCUAUCACUGUCCGACCGCGCAUCCUGGUCUGGCGCCCUUCAUUGCGCAGAAGCAGCUGGUCUACGGCUGUGAGCGGUACUACAUCAAGCACAUGGGCAACGCCGAGGAAGACCGCUCAGCGUUUGUCAGUCCGACAUAUAUGUUUCCCAACUCUUCGGUGACCAUGACUCAAGAGUUCUUCUACAUGAUGCAAAUCGUGCCCACAUCCGCCACCACCUCGACCAUGCGGUACGAGGUCUACCGCCGCAAGGGCAUCGACCCGGCCAAGCUCGAAAAGGAACUCGACUUCUACAGCCAGGUCGAGGGCGAGGACAAGUGGCUCGCCAACGGCGCCCAGGGCAACCUCAACUCGGGCGCCUUCGUCACAGGCCCGCUCCACCCGGACCUCGAGGCCGGCGUGUCUUACACCGAGUCCAUCAUUCGCGAGAUGCUCCUCAAGCACGCCGAGAGGGAGAAAGUCGCGGGCAAGCAGAUCUGGCCCGCGAAGAGGUCCGCCAGUGGGUCGCAGUUGGAGGAGGACGAGGCGUUCUGCAAAGGGAUCUGCGAUGGUGCGGGAGGGGCGGAUGCGGCGAAGCUGGCGUGGUAA